ACGUAUAAAUAAAUAGGCGUUCUGCAUUCACUCGUUUUAUAAAUUUAUGUUUAAGCAGUCGUCGCACCUAUCACAAAGUUAAAAUAUCUUAGAAGAAGAGGAAUAUCGAAAAUUAAAUAAAAAGAGUUCGAAAUUUUUCUUGAUCGCUUUCCACGUAUCUCGUAACCACCACCCUGCGACGUCAGUUAAUAUUAUUGGUGAUAACACCAAUAAACCCAAAAUCAAUUUCGUACCGGUAGUUCACAUCGCCUUUAGCGCGGUAGUUCAAACGUCCGCCGCCAACUUCACGUCGCGCACGCAUAACCUAUAACUAUCGGGUCUUAUUUUUUCAAGAUCGUAUCGAAAUUCGCGAAAGCAUGUUAUCUCGGACUGGUUUUUGUCCCGAUUCGCGCGCUUAGCCCGCGAUAUGCCUCGCGCGGAGUCUAUUUAUAGACUUGGCGACGCCGUUAUCCAACGAGCAGUUUAAAAAUAGUCCCAAAGAUGGUCAUAGCUUGUAGAUCGCUCGAGCUCAUGAAAACGGGCAAGAACGCGAACGUCUUGCCCAAAGGGCGCGCGUUCGCUUACAGAAACUACGCGAACUUGGCGAAGAGUUCGCAGUGCGGCGCUCUGGAGUUGGUGAGGUUAUGUUGCGGCUGUCGGAAGCUGCAUUUCUCCAAAGAAACGAACAGCAGCCCCACCAAACUGACCCCGAGUGAGGUGGACGUGAUCCUGCGGGCCAACGAGUACACGCACGAGUUCGCCCAGGGUCCCGUCAAGGCGUACGAAACGAACCAGCUGCCGUCCAACAACCCCAUCGAGGACACGAGAUCGGAGGCGACGUGUGUCCUAGCCGAAGGAUUCCUGGCCGGCGUCUUCGACGGCCACGGGGGCAGCGCGUGCGCCCAAGUGAUCGCCAAACGACUGUUCCGCUACAUAAGCGCGUGCCUCUUGCCGCACGAGCGGCUCAAGCGUUACGCCCUUUCGCUGAGCGACCCGAAACCCCCCGAUCUGAUCCGGGCCUACAACGACAAGGUCAAGUUCGUAGCCGACGUGAAGGACAUCUACCGGACGAGCUUCGAGCAAUUCGUCGCCGACCUCGCGAAGGAGGACGAAGGUAAAGGUCGGCCCGAGACCGGAACGGCCCUCGAGCGUGCCUUCCUCAGGCUGGACUCGGACAUGAGCCGCGAGGCUCUGCCCCGGGGCGACAAACUCAACUUGAAGACCCUCUCGGUGGCUAUGUCGGGGGCGGUGUGCAGCGUCGCCCACGUGGAAGGUCCCCACCUUCACGUGGCCAGCGUAGGGGACUGCUGCGCCGUACUCGGCUCGCUGUCCGACUCGAACUCGUGGCUCGCCACCAAAUUGUCCGAGGAGCACAACUCGUACAACCAGGCGGAGCUCGACAGGAUAUACGCCGAGCAUCCGGAGAACGAGCGGGGCUCCGUCAUUAAAAUGGACCGGCUUCUGGGGCAAUUAGCCCCGUUACGCGCGAUGGGCGACUUCAGGUUCAAAUGGAGCCGCGACAUUAUGGAGAACGUGAUCGCUAGGCACUUCGGCGAGCACAUGGUGCCGCAGAACUACUUGACGCCGCCCUACCUCACUGCGUCGCCCGAUGUCGCUUACCACAGACUGACGCCCCGCGAUAGGUUCCUCAUCCUGGCCACCGACGGCCUCUGGGACAUUUUGACACCGCUCCAGGCAGUCAAACUGGUCGGGGACCACAUGAAGGGCAAGGUGACGCUGCACCACCUGAAGCUGCCGCGAAAGAAAAUGACCCUGAACGAGAUCAACGAUCUGCUGCUGCAACGCAAGGAGGGGCUGAAGCUGAAACCGAGGGAUUCGAACGCGGCCACCCACAUAGUUCGGAACGCGCUCGGCGGUACCGAGUUCGGUGACGUCAGCCACUCGAAGAUAUCGCAGCUGUUGACGUUGCCCGAGGACGUGGUGCGCGUGUUCCGCGACGAUAUCACCGUCACCGUCAUCUACUUCGAUUCUGAGUUCCUGAGGCAUUGUCCUGCGUAACGGGAAGCGGCGGCGGCGGCAGCGCCGCCGCUUGUAUAUAGUCGUUACUAUUUUUAAAUUAUUUAUUGUUCUUCUCCCUUCCGCCGCGCGGAAAUCUAGUCAGCGCGACGCGCGCGAGCAGAGGAUAUGUGACGCCAUACCGCGCGGCAGAUCAGGGGUGGCCGGGCGUUCGUGUUUUUUCCUUUCGAAUUCCUCGUAGCGGUCGGGUUGAUAACGGCGUUUAAUAAAUUUCGAAAAUUUUGCUUGUUCCU